AUGCUGGUGCUCAAGAUGGUGAAACCAUGGAAACCUUAUGGCCAGAUGCUAUUGGAACUGGAAGAAGUUACUCAAAUGCCUGACACCCUUAUUGGGAAAUGGAAAAGGGCUAUCAUAGAGUCCAGGCAGCAAAUGAGGCCUUCGAAAGGUUUCAACAAAGGAGCUACAGAAGCUGAAAGGAAGGACUGGCAGAAAGAGGCUGAAGAAGCUCAUAGACAGAGGGAAUUAAAUGAGAGCUCUGAAAGCAUGGAUAUCUUUAAUGCUGAGGAAGCACUUCUUCCAACUCUGAAGGAGACUGCUCACCACAUGAUUCUAGCUGAAGGGAAGGCCUCAGCAAGGGGUGAUGUUCAAGCUGUUUCCUCCCCUGAUGCCUCAUGGCUUUCAGAAGGAAUACUCAUUGAACAUAGAAGACUAGAAGUGGCUCAUUGUGCUAGGAAACUUGGUCCUAAUCCUUCUGACAAGGCAAAGCUUAAUCUCGCUCAGAAAAGACAAAGACUUCAAUCAGAUCUUAAAGACUUCAAUCUCAAAGGCUUUUCUCAUUACAACCUGGAAGGGUAUCAGAUUCUUGAAAGCCUACCAGGGGUGUCAAGUCUUGGAGAAGCUUGGGAUGAUGAUGAGGAAGAAAUAGCACAGGAUGAGCUUUUAGGACAACAGGAAAUCCCCAACCACAGCAACCUCACAACAAUCUCAGAAGAGCCAUGGAAUCCAGAGAAACAGCCUGCUGCUAUGCCCUCUACCUUAGGACUAAGAAAUGAACAUGGUUCUUGGAUCUGGAGUUUUUCUGGUGGGAUAGAGGAAAGAGCUAGUUUUGUUCAAUCAAAUGGGAAGAGGAGCUCUUUAUAUGCUUAUGGUCAGGCAGCUACUUGGGAGAAGCUUGCCGAGAAUGCACAUAGAGACUUUGUUCAGAAAUGCCCUCAUUAUCAGCUUUAG